GGUGGAGCCUAUGUUGGCAGCAGCAGAUCUAUGCAUGGCGGUGCUGGAGGCUCUUCUGUGAGAAUCUCUACUGCUGGCUCCUCCAUGUAUGGUGGUGGUGGUGGUGGUGGUGGCGGCUAUGGUUUCAGCUUCGGUGGUGGAGCAGGUGGGGCAGGCGGUAUGGGGUUUGGUGGUGGCGCAGAUAUAGACAUUUCCACCAAUGAGAAGGCCACCAUGCAGAAUCUGAACGACCGCCUGGCUGCCUACCUGGAGAAGGUCCGCACGCUGGAGAACCUCAAUAGCAAGCUGGAGCUGCAGAUCCGAGAGUUCCUAGAAAGCAAGGCCUCUCCUUCUGCCAGAGACUACAGUGCCUACUACGCUACCAUCACUGAGCUGCAGGGGAAGAUUCAGCAGGCGACCACAGUCAAUGGCGGCAUCUACCUUCAAAUUGACAAUGCCAAGCUGGCUGCUGAUGACUUCAGGGUCAAGUAUGAGAGUGAGCUGUCCAUGCGUCAGUCGGUGGAGGCUGACAUUUCUGGGUUGAAGAGGCUCUUCGAUGAAUUGACGUUGUCCAGGAGUGACCUGGAGUUGCAAAUCGAGGGUCUGAAGGACGAGCUGCUCUUCCUCAAGAAGAAUCACGAGGAGGAGAUGAUGGGGAUGAGAGAUCAGAUGAGUGGUCAGGUGAACGUGGAGGUGGACGCUGCUCCUCAGGAGGACCUCACUAAGGUCAUGAAUGAUCUCAGAGAGCAGUACGAAGCUGCUGCUGCCAAAAACCGCAGCGAACUAGAGGCCUGGUUCCAUAAACAGACAGAAUCAAUAAACAAAGAAGUUGCUGCCACCACAGAAACCCUCUCUACGUCCAAAACAGAGAUCACAGAUCUCAAACGCACACUGCAGUCUCUUGAGAUUGAGCUACAGUCACAGCUCAGCAUGAAAGAGGGUUUGGAGGCCACCCUGGCUGACACUCAGAACCAGUAUGCCCAGAAGAUAGCGAAUUUCCAGAACAAGGUGUGCAUGCUGGAGGAGCAGCUGAUGCAUCUGAAGUCCGACAUGGAGAGACAGUCCCAGGAGUAUGAGAUGCUGUUGGACAUCAAGACCAGACUGGAGAUGGAGAUUGAGGAGUACAGAAGGUUGCUGGAAGGAGAAGGUGGCGGUGGAUCCGGCACUGGCAGUGGAUCCGGCACUGGCAGUGGCUCUGGCACAGCCAUUUGCUCUUCAACCACCUCCGUCACAACCUCCAUCACAAGCUCUACUCCUGCCGCUCCACCCACCCCUGUUUGCCAACAGAAAAUAGUCACCAUCAUAGAGGAGAUGGUGAAUGGAGUAGUGGUGAGCAAAUCCUCCUCAGAGACCAUCAAGGAAAAAGAUGUAAAACCAGGGGACAUGACGGCUCUCAAAGCUAAAAUACAGAAAUAAGCAUGCAAAUAUAAUUCAGUUGAAUUCCUUCAAAAUACA